AUGAGUCGUACCGGAGUCGUCUAUUGUUCUUUCUGUGUACACCUCUCUCUCUCUUUUAUCAAUAUUCCUACUCUCUCAUGUUCAUUCUCUUUCUUUGCACACUUAUCUCCCCUUCCAUUCCGUAUUCCCUCUCUCUUUCCUCCCAGUUCUUCUUCUUUCCUCUUUUCUAUCUCUAUCCUCACCACUCACUCUCAUUACAUACUUCUCUCUCUUUACCUGCCUUCCUCUUUUUGUCCUCACUUUUUUCUUUAUCGUCACAUUGUUUCAUCAUUUCUCUUUUUCCUCACAGUUUUUUUUUAUCGUCAUCAUUGUUUCAUCAACUUCUCUUUUUUUCCUCACAGUUCUCCUUUCUUUUCUCUCUCUUCCACUAUAUUUCCUCAUCACUUUCUCUCUCUUUACCGAACUUCUCUUCUUUUUCUCUUUUUUCUUUUAUCUCUUCGUCCUUUCUCUAAUUUCUCUCUCUCUUCUCCACACACCUUCUUUCUUUCGCGCCAGGGAUAUAGAAAGAAAUCAUUAUUAUCUAAAAAAAUAUUACUUUGUAAAAAAUAUUUUCUGGCUUUAAAAUCACAUCUCUUUAUAAUUUUCUUUUUUAUAACUCUCUCUCUAUCUCUCUCUCUCUCUCACACACACUACACCUCACUCUUUAUCAAUUUACUCACAUUUCCCACUUACCUUACUUCUUUCUUCCAUACUCCUCUCUCUCAUUCUUUCCCCCUUUCUCUCUUCCUUUACAUCCAUCUUUCACUAUCUGCACUCAUCUCUCUUCCCCUUAUCUCUCUUUGUCUCUCUCUUCCCCAACCUUAUUUUCGCCUUUUUUCUUUUUCUGAACUACUCUCUUCUCGCCUUACAUCUUUUCUUUCUAAAUUUCGCUCCCUCACUUGUAAUUCUCUCCCUCUCUCGUUAUUCUGUCCCUCUCUCGCUAUUCUCCCUCUCUCGCUAUUCCCGCCCUCUCUAUGUGUCUCUUUCUAA